GUUCAUCAUCUUUUUAAUAAACAAACAAAAAUGAUAAAAUUGAAAAAUUUCAAAAUUCCUUCACGAAAUUUAGCAACACAGUUCUUUGUACCUAAACAUGAUAUUGCAAAAAUGGAAGAUGUUGAAAAGUUAAGGAAAUUUUUAAAUGACAAGCCUCGUAUAUUGGUUUUAACAGGUGCUGGCAUAUCAACUGAAUCAGGAAUCCCUGACUAUCGUUCUGAAGGUGUAGGUCUUUAUCAAAGGUCAAAUCACAAACCUAUUCAACAUCCUGAAUUUGUAAAAUCAAAAGAUAUCCGAAAACGUUAUUGGGCGAGAAAUUUUCUUGGAUGGCCAAAGUUUUCUAGUGUUGAACCUAAUGCUACUCAUCAUAAACUUUCAAGAAUGGAACGUGAAUUAAGGAUAAGCCACAUAAUCACUCAGAAUGUUGAUAAUCUUCAUGGCAAAGCAGGAAGCAAGGAAGUUACAGAACUUCAUGGCAAUGGAUUCAAAGUGAUAUGCAUCGGAAAAGGUGAAAGAGAUAAUCCAUGUGAUUAUUCUAUUGGACGACAUGAUUUCCAAUUGAUAUUAAAUCAAUUAAAUCCACAGCUGUUGGAAAAAACGUUAGAAGCUGAAUCAUCACCUGAAAAGAUGAAACCAGAUGGUGAUAUUGAAAUUUUACAAGAAGACAUUGAUAACUUUUAUCUACCGGAAUGUCCUAAAUGUGGGGGAUUUUUAAAACCGAAUAUUGUGUUCUUUGGUGAUAAUGUGCCGAGGACAAGAAUAGAAAAAGUUGUUCGUACUAUCAUUGAUUCCGAUGGUGUUCUUGUUCUUGGCUCAAGUUUGACCGUUUUUAGUGGUUAUCGAAUUGUUCUUCAAGCAAAAGAAUUAGGAUUACCUGUGGCUAUUGUAAAUAUCGGUGAAACAAGAGCAGACAAACACUACCAGCAGCAGAUAAAAAAAGAAGAAACCAAAAAAAUGGCGGACGACGAUUUGGAUUAUUUAGAUGAUUUACUGGAUGCCCCAUUUAAGAACACACAUGAAUGUGCAGAAAUCUCUUCGACCAACAGCAAUGAGAAAAGACACUUAAACUUGUCCCCAUGGCAUAAUGACUUGCCUUUUGAUUCGGGAGCCAAUGGAAAGCGGAAAUCAACAUCGCCUCAUGUCGUAGAAAGUAAAAAGUCGAAGGACAAAGACAAAGACCGUGAAAAUGGAACGUCGCACAAAUCAAGCCGACAUCGUAGUCGCAGUCGAUCUAAAGAAAGACGUCACAAGGACAAAGAAUCAAAAGGUGAAGAAAAGGAAAAGUCAAAGAAGGAUCGACGCCGUUCAAAGGAUCGCACACGUGAUGAGCGCAAACGCGACCGACGAUCACGAACACCUGAGAAGAAGGAAAAGGAAUCGAGAGAUCAAACAGAGAAAUCUAAGCGUGAUCGCUCACGUUCAAAAGAUCGAGACAGAAAACGACGAACCAAAUCACGUGAUCGCGAUCGUGACCGAGAUCGUGAAGAUAAAAGACGUGAUCGUGACAGUAAACGGACAAGAACAAAAACACCUGAAAAAAGACGACGUCGGUCAAUCUCACCUCGCCCAUUCCGUCGUGGACGAACACCACCAAACGGGCUUGGUUAUCGUGACGAUUCGCCAUCUGAGAAGUUAAGCUAUGAAGAAAGAGAUGCCAGAACAGUCUUCUGUAUGCAAUUAUCACAACGAGUUCGUGCACGAGAUUUGGAAGAAUUCUUUUCAAGUGUCGGCAGAGUGAGAGACGUUCGACUUAUCACAUGCAACAAGACCAAACGCUUCAAAGGAAUCGCUUACAUUGAAUUUCAAGAUCCUGAAUCGGUUGCACUUGCUUUGGGAUUAUCUGGUCUGAAAUUGUUAGGAAUUCCCAUUUCAGUUCAACACACACAAGCUGAGAAGAAUCGCAUGGCAAAUGCAAAUUCGCCGCCAUCACCACCGAAGAAUAUUCAAGGACCGAUGCGAUUGUAUGUCGGAUCACUUCAUUUCAACAUCACAGAAGAUAUGUUGAGAGGAAUUUUUGAGCCAUUUGGAAAGAUUGACAACAUUCAAUUAAUUAUGGACCCCGAGACAGGACGUUCAAAAGGUUACGGAUUUAUUACGUAUCACAAUGCUGACGAUGCCAAAAAAGCACUCGAGCAAUUAAAUGGAUUUGAGCUGGCUGGUCGUCCAAUGAAAGUUGGAAAUGUAACUGAACGAUUAGAUGUAACUGCACACGCAUCACUCGAUACAGAUGAAAUGGAUCGAAGUGGAAUCGAUUUGGGCGCAACAGGAAGACUUCAAUUGAUGUUUAAACUUGCAGAAGGUGCUGGCUUAGCGGUUCCACAAGCUGCCGCGAAUGCUUUGCUUGCUUCUGUUCCACAACCACCACCUCCAGUUGUUGAAGAAACGCCGCCAAUUGCAACUCAAUGUUUCCUUCUUGUCAAUAUGUUUGACCCAGCAACGGAGACAACACCAAAUUGGGACCGUGAGAUUCAAGAUGAUGUCGUUGAUGAAUGCAACAAACACGGUGGAGUUUUACAUGUUUAUGUUGAUGUAGCAUCGCCCGAUGGCAAAGUUUACGUAAAAUGUCCUUCAAUCGCAACUGCAGUUCUCGCUGUCAACGCACUUCAUGGACGAUGGUUUGCCGGAAGAGUCAUCACAGCUGCUUACGUUCCACUCGUCACUUACCAUUCGCUUUUCCCUGAUGCUGUUGCAGCUAUUAAUCUUAUGCAACCUUCACGUAAACCUUAAUUAAACAAUCAACACUCUCGCAAAUCUUUUUUUCCAAACCUUUUUUUAUUUUUAAUUCUUUUCUUUAAUUUUUCUAACUGGAAAAAAAUAAAUUGUUCGAUAAACAAACAGUAAAAAGUAAACCAAAAUGAUUUGUUUAUGAUUCUUUGUAAAAA